CAUUUUGUCUCUGGUCAUUUGGGGACUAGGAGUGCCUCAAGUGCAACGCCACUGCCUAGCAUGGCGCCUGACAGCUUCAGGUAAAUAGUAAGUGCUCAGUGAACGAACGUUUGAGUGGGUAAGCACAGCAUUUCUCAGCACAUGACUAGGCAGAGAAGAGGUGGGAAAGUAAUAAACAGGAUUAUUGAUGGAAGAAAAGCUGUGAACUAGCGACAGAUGGUUUAUGGGCGUGAGCGGUGGGCAAUGGCAGUUUGCGAGGAAAGUAAUUUAGCUCCCAUGGUCCAGGCUGGGGCAGUUUUUCACAAGUGGAGAGAAGGGGGCUCACAUGAACCACAUGCGGGUGUCCUCACUUAACCCCACAACCAAUCUUGAGACACGUAUAAUCCCUGCUGCUCAAGAGGAAACACCCGACCGGUUUAUUUCACGCCCAAGCGGUCUUCUGUCCAGCGGUCCUUUUCUCCUCCUGGGGCUGCCUUCAACCCUGCUGAGUCUGGCUGCGCGACUCUCGAAAAGCGGGAGUAGGAACGAAGCUGGAGGCCGAGAGUCGAGGGCUGGGUGCAGAGUAUUUCUUAUGCUUUGGCACCGGGAGCCUGGGAGGGCUCUGGAAGCGGGGCAGCUCGGCCGCGCAUCCCUGUCCUGCACGCCUGUGGCGGCGGCAGUAAUCCUGGUCCUGCUGGGCUUCCGUAGCUCGGAAUAAACUUGGGAAAACUGUCGACCGGGAAAAUUCAGUAUUUUAAAAUUCAAACCAGGCCUGCGGAGUCGAGUGCAGAACCCACAGCGCCAACUCCACCCCAGUUUACUGCCUACUAAAACCGAGAAGGCAACUGUAGUCUCCAUCCCCGACGCCCGGAGACCCCGGCCCCGGAGCCGACGCCGGAAGCGCUGCGUGUCAGACGCCACUUCCGUCGCGUUUCGGGGCGGUGCCGACAUGGACGCUUCACAGGCCCGGGAGCAGCUCCGGAGGCGAUUCCUGCUCCUGCCGGACGCCGAGUGCCCCCUGGAUAGCGAGGGCGACGCCGGGCCGGAAACCUCUACAGCUGUUGAGAAAAAGCAGAAAGCUCUUCCAAGACUUAAUAUCCAUUGUGGAUUCUGGAUUUUGGCAUCCAUUGCUCUGACCUAUUAUGUUGAUUUCUUUAAAAUCCUUAAAGAAAACUUUCACACUAGUAGUUGGUUUCUGUUUGGAGGUGCCUUGUUGCUUGUCAGUUUACUGAUUGCAUUUUACUGCAUAGUGUAUCUGGAAUGGUAUCGUGGGAUUGGGGAAUAUGAUGUCAAGUAUCCAAUGUUGAUACCCAUUACAACUGCUACAUUUAUUGCAGCAGGAAUUUGCUUCAACAUUGCUUUAUGGCAUGUGUGGUCAUUUUUUACUCCAUUGCUGUUGUUUACUCAAUUUAUGGGGGUUGUAAUGUUUAUCUCACUCCUUGGAUGAUCUGAAGAUGGUGCUCUUGCUGUGUUGCCCAGGCUGGCCUUGAACUCUUUCCUCAGUCUCCCGAGUAGCUGGGAGAGACCGCAGUCGGUGUGCCAGUGUGCCUAGUUGGACGUGUAAAUUUAAAGCAAAUGAUUAAACAUCUGCCUAGCUGAAAGCAUCACAGACAGUUAAUGGAAAGGCUGCAAUGCAUUUUUGCACCUGGGAAGUGAGGGGUUUCCUGGGAAAAAUUGUGACUUUGUAGAUCUGUUGUUGAAAUCAGAAUAAAUUAUAAUUCAUUUGGAUGUUCUUAAACUCAAAUGAUUAUUGAAUUUUUCAGAAGUCUGUGUUACAUAGAAAUAACUAUUUUGCAACAUUAAUCUGUUUGAAUCCUUGGGGAAGGUAGUGGUUUCAUUAUAGGGACAUAAUGCAUUCACAAUAUGCUAAAUAAAUUGUUCACUCUUCCAUAUAAAGGGUAGCAGUUCAUUGUUUAGGAUGACUGAGUAUGUGUAAAGGAAUUAUGUUGUCAUGUACCUUUAACCCAGCUUCAGUAAUUACUAUAUAUCUUAUUUUUAUAAUAGUCUUGUUGGGUGAGAAGACCAAACAAAAGUAUUUUAUGUUUUCCCAUCACUUUAUAUUUUAUCAUUGUAUAAAUUAUUGAGUUUUUAGCAUUUUCUAACAUGAACUUUUAAUCAUUUUUAUGUAUGCAUAAUUUUUCUGUACCAUUUAAAUAAAUAUUUUUAUAACU